AUGGAUGCAACCACUGCGAUCGAGCUCCUCGAAGCCCAGCCACGGGUUUGGGAUCACUGCUUCAGCUACGUCAACGCAAUGACCGUCCAAUGCGCAGUCGAGCUGGAGAUCGCGGAUGCGGUUCACGGCCACGGCAAGCCUAUCUCCUUGGGCGAGCUGGCCGCGGCCCUCGAAAUCUCUCCGGCGAAAGCUCCGUUCCUCUCGCGCCUCAUGCGCAUGCUCGUCCACAUGGCCUACUUCGUAGAAGAAGAAGAAGAAGGCGGCGGCUACUGGGUGGCGCCGCUCGGUCGGUUCCUGUUGAAGGACAGCCCAUUCAACGCCAGGUCGUUCGUCACGUGCAUGAACCAUCCUAACCUCGUGGAUCCCUGGCGCCACAUGAGCGCUUGGUUUCGAGCCUCCGAAAACGGCGUCGUCGAGCCGCAGCCGCCGCCGCCUCCGCCUCCUUCCGCUCUAGCUCACGGCGGCAAGAAGCUCUACGAGGUGUGCUCGUCGGACCCGCCGUUCGGCAAGAUGUUUGCCGAGGCGAUGGGGGGCGACAGCUGGCUGUUCAGUAGGGCUUUGGUGGCCAAGUGCAAGGAGGCAUUCGAAGGCUUGAGCUCGCUGGUGGACGUCGGCGGGAGCACCGGAACCACGGCUAAGGUCAUCGCCGAGGCCUUCCCGGGGAUUCAUUGCACCGUGUUCGAUCUCCCGCACGUGGUCGCCGCGGCAGAAGAAACCCAUCGGAGUAGUAAUCCGAUCAGCUACGUGGCCGGCGACAUGCUCACUGACGACGAUAUUCCACAAGCUGAUGCACUGCUCUUCAAGUGGGUGUUAAUUGACUGGCCGGAUGAACGUUGCCUGCAAGUUCUGAAGCAGUGCAAGAAAGCGUUGACCAAGAACGGCGGGAAGGGGAAGGUGAUGAUCGCCGACCACGUGCUGGGGCAUGAGAGUUUCAACGACAGCAGCUCCUUGGUGUUCGAUCUCGUAAACAUGGCAUGUCUCGAAGGUCAUUUUAGGACGGAGGAACAGUGGUCGAAGCUCUUCUCCGAUGCUGGCUUCACCAACUACACCAUCAUUCCGGUGGGUGGCCUGCGAGUCCUCAUCCAAGUCUAUCCUUAA